AGCGACUGGCCGGGACGCGGCCUGUGAUUGGUGGAGAGCGCUGGCCAAUCGGAGAGGCUGUUGUUGGGCCGUCCGGAGAGCCGGCCCGGGAGGGAGGAAGGUGGCAAGAUGGUGUUGGAGAGCACCAUGGUUUGCGUGGACAACAGUGAGUACAUGAGGAACGGGGACUUCUUACCCACCCGGCUGCAGGCCCAGCAGGACGCUGUCAACAUAGUAUGUCACUCCAAGACCCGCAGCAACCCUGAGAACAACGUGGGCCUCAUCACACUAGCCAAUGACUGUGAGGUGCUGACCACACUCACCCCCGACACCGGCCGCAUCCUGUCCAAGCUCCACACCGUGCAGCCCAAAGGCAAGAUCACCUUCUGCACCGGCAUCCGCGUGGCCCACUUGGCUCUGAAGCACCGACAGGGCAAGAAUCACAAGAUGCGCAUCAUCGCCUUCGUGGGGAGCCCCGUGGAGGACAACGAGAAGGAUCUGGUGAAACUGGCUAAACGCCUCAAGAAGGAGAAAGUAAAUGUUGACAUUAUCAACUUUGGGGAAGAGGGAGAAAGCCUCCCGCACCCUUCCGUCCUGCAGGAGGUGAACACAGAGAAGCUGACGGCCUUUGUGAACACACUGAAUGGCAAAGAUGGAACCGGUUCUCAUUUGGUGACGGUGCCUCCUGGGCCUAGCCUGGCCGAUGCCCUCAUCAGCUCUCCAAUUCUGGCUGGCGAAGGCGGUGCCAUGCUGGGUCUUGGUGCCAGUGACUUUGAAUUUGGAGUAGAUCCCAGUGCUGACCCUGAGCUGGCCCUGGCCCUCCGCGUCUCCAUGGAGGAGCAGCGGCAGCGGCAGGAGGAGGAGGCGCGGCGGGCAGCUGCAGCCUCCGCGGCCGAGGCCGGGAUCGCUGCUUCCGGGACCGAAGGUGAAAGAGACUCAGACGACGCGCUGCUGAAGAUGACCAUCGGCCAGCAGGAGUUCGGCCGCCCCGGGCUCCCUGACCUGAGCAGCAUGACUGAGGAGGAGCAGAUCGCGUAUGCCAUGCAGAUGUCCCUGCAGGGCGCAGAGUUUGGCCAGGCAGAAGCCGCUGACAUUGAUGCCAGUUCAGCCAUGGACACAUCAGAGCCCGCCAAGGAGGAAGAUGAUUACGAUGUGAUGCAGGACCCCGAGUUUCUUCAGAGUGUCCUGGAGAACCUUCCAGGCGUGGACCCCAACAACGAGGCCAUUCGCAAUGCCAUGGGCUCCCUGGCCUCCCAGGCCACUAAGGAGGGCAAGAAGGACAAGAAGGAGGAGGACAAGAAAUGAGACUGGAGGGAAAGGGCAGCUGAGCCCGCUCGGGGCUGCGUGGCGGGGACACAGGGCUCGGUAUGUUGUCUGUAACCACUGCAACUCAAAUAAAGCUUGGCAACUUUU